GCCUAGUUCUUCCAAUGAAUUAUCCACAGCCUCUUCCUUUGCUGAGCAAUCGACAAUAGCUUCUGCUAUCCCAACACAAACUGAACUCUCAGGAACAUCUUCUUCUUCAAUAUCUGAAAUUGCAAAUAGUUCUUCCAUGGAAAGUAUGAAACCAUCUGUCACCUCAUUCUCUGAAUCCACCAAUGCUGCUACGGGAACUUUAACAAUUAAUACACCCUCCUCAUCAUCGACCUUAUCCUAUACUGCUUCACCUGACCUCACUAGUCGGAUGUCAGCAGAAUCUUCAACAAAUGUUAUAUCGGAAUUGUCAUCAGCUAACCUUUUCCAAAACACUUCCAGUGAAAUGAUUACUAGUACACAGCCUUCCUCUAGCCAAUUUCAAGCAGCGUCUACACUUUCAGUGACUGAAUCUGACACAUCAAGAGAUUACUCUCCUUCAACACCAGAGCAUUUGCCUAGUUCUGCCGAUGAAUUAUCCACAGUCUCUGCCUUUGCUGAGCAAUCGACAACAGCUACUGAUAUGUCCAUGCUUUCUUCUUCUACCAUAUCCCAAAGUUAUCCUUCUCAGUGGAGGGGCAGUGUGCCAUUUUCAACAGACAAGCAUUUGGUUACAACUCUGACUUCAACCACGGAAUCUGAAACUCCUAAAAGCACCUCUUUCUCAUCACUAGACUAUUUUACUAUCUCCCCAACUAAACCGUCCACAGACUCUAACUCACCAGCCGAACAAUCAAGUGUCUAUAUAUCUUCUGCAUUACAAAGUAUUGGUCCAUCAACUACUGUAGCACAGGGCAACACAUCUGAUUUGACAAGCAGUGUGUCUUUUCCCAGCCUUGAAAAUACUGCUAGCACUUUAUCGACUCCAGCACAAUCUGAACCUUCAGGAACAUAUUCUUCCUCAAUAUCCCAAAGCUCUCCUUCUCUGUGGAGCAGCAAUGUGCUGUUUUCAACAGUUGAAGCGUCCACAGGCUCUACCUCACUUGCUGAAAAUUCAGGUACAUCAUCUACGUCAUCAAGAAUAUUAACACCAAAUAAUACAACUACUUUACCCACUACCGUGACUAGUGUGCUUACAACUACUAAACCAAAUAAUAUCACUUCUACCAAUGUGACAGAUAAAGAUAUAUAUCAAUGUCUAAGCAGUCCCUGUAGGAAUGGUGCCACAUGCACAAUUAUGGGGAACUCUUUCUCCUGCCUAUGCCUUCCUGGAUAUACUGGAAAACUGUGUCAAAUUGAUAUUGAUGACUGUGCUAGUAAUCCUUGUUGCAAUGGAGGAGUCUGCAUAGACAGAGUUAACAAUUUUUCCUGUCAAUGUCAGAAGGGAUGGCAGGGCAACAAUUGUAGCCAAGAUAUGAAUGAAUGUUCUCUGGAUUCCAGUAAUUGUGAUCCUAAUGCUGAAUGCAUCAAUACUUUGGGCUCAUACAUUUGUAACUGUAAGGAAGGAUAUAAGGGAAACGGCAUUAACUGCAAAGAAAUUCGUCUGUUCCCUUACGGUCCUGCAACCAAUGACAGUAAAGCAACCAAACUUUCUAAAGACUUUUCUUCUCCGCUGAUCAGUAUUUCUAUAGGAUUCCCAUUUGAGUCUGCAUUCUACAAUAAGCUUUUUUUUACAGAUAAUGGCGUCAUCAUAUUUCAACGAAAUCUUUAUGAUACUGCUUAUGUACUGAGUUAUCCAUAUACAAGUUUUGAAAGUUAUGACACUUUCACACCGCCUGUGAUUGCAGCUUUCUGGGCUGAUGCAGACUUUUCAGGAGGCAUUGGAGAGCUGUAUUACAAGGUGUAUGAUUUCCACUCCUCCCUCUCAGAUAAAAGCUUUAAAAAUUCAUUAGAGAAUGCGAUUAAUGUCUAUUUCCAGUCAUCUCUGGAUAAGCAAUUUAAUGCUCUCUGGGCUUUGAAAAUAACAUGGGAAAAUGUCCCCCCCUGCACUUCUUUCUACAAUACAAAUAGAUACUGGAGUACACAAAGCAACUAUACGAACACUUACCAAGCUGUUUUGACUACUGAUGGUGUUUAUUCCUUCAUUUUGAUCCUAUUUGAGGAUGGUGGCAUGAAUUGGAGAUACAAUGCCCUCUCAACUAUGCAUUUACCAAAAAUGGGCUAUUUCAGUGGUAUUCCCAGCCCAAAAAACACCAACAACUUUCCAGCAUUUAAUGACCCACAGACAGAGCCGUCUGUAAGCAUAGAGCAGAGAUACACCCCAGAUCAAUUCAACGGCACCAACACAGGCAAGAAAGGUCAGUGGGCAUACCGUCUGGACACUAACUCUCAAAGCAAUAUUAGCCCAAGGCUUCAGUGUCUUGAAUGGUACUUUAAAGAGCCAACGUUCCCCUCACUAAACAGAGCACCCUCCUGCCCAUGCACAUAUAGACAAGCAAUGUAUGAUCCAGCGUUUAUUAAUGGGGCUAAUCUCCUGAAGUAUGGCUUUAAGAUGAAAAGUUUGACAGAACAAUAUUUGUCAGUGCAAAGUGGUUUUCCAACACCAAGUGGUGCUGGUACAAGAUGUUAUUAUCGUCAGACUGGGUCGCUGCUCUAUGGUGAAAAGGAGAGAUUCUUUCCCACUCCAUGGACUUAUUUUGACUUCCUGAAAUACCUUUCAAACCAGAAUGCCUAUAGCGAAUACUUCUGGAACACAGCCCUUCCACCCAAAAGAAUGCAAUACUUAGAUGGGGAAAUUGAUCCUUAUAAUGCGUGCUGCAGUUAUUCUGGUUCUGACUAUCUCUGUAACUUAUACCGGGAAAAGAGACCUCUUGAUUAUUGUGAAAAUUAUUCUCCACCUCAAAUAGGGUUUUUCUAUGGAGACCCCCACAUUAACACACUGGAUGGGGCACAAUACACCUUUAACGGCUUGGGUGAAUUUAUUUUGGUAAACAUCAAGGACGAGAACAAUAAUGUUGUCUUCACACUGCAAGGACGGACAGCCCGAGCUGAGAAUGGAACCAGCAAGGCAACAAACUUUGUAGCGCUGGCAGCAUAUUCUUCUUCUGGUGCUCAGCUUCAGUGGACGUUGAUCAGUGAUACUGAAACAUCUCUAAUGUACAAUGGGACAAGUCUUCCACUCACAGAAAAUAUAACCUCCAUCGACCAACUAAUUCUGGAAAAGAGAGAGAAACAAAUAAAUGCAUAUUUUUAUGGUGGAAUCUCUGUCUCAGUUUCGGCUCAGUUUGGACUAUUGGAUUUUGUGGUGACACUGCAACCCACAUAUCUAAAUAGGACUGAAGGGCUGCUUGGGUUGUACAAUGGGGAUCCAAGUGAUGACCUUUUGUCUGCAGAUGGGCACACAUUACCAUACAAUGCAAUCACAAAGAUAAAGGACUCAAAGAUAUUUGCCUUCGGCAUGACUUGGAAAAAUACACCUGAAAAUACUAUUUUUACCUAUAACGCAAGUGUGGGGGAAUCUUGGUUCACAUACAAUAACAGCUUUGUGCCAGUGUUUUUUGAUGAACUGCUUUCAGCCAGUGAUAUGGAAACAAUUAAUACGGCAAACACGACUUGUGAAGGAGACACAAAUUGUUUGUUUGAUGUAUUAAGUACUGGAAACUUUGACUUGGGAUCAUCUACAAGGAAAAGUAGUAUCAUGUUUGCAGAGCAAAGAGUUGUAAUGGAGAACAUGCCCCCGAAUAUCACUGGCUCAGCCAUAAUAAUGGCAUCAUUAAAUGUAGAGACCUGGGUCAACUACACUACUUCUAAUGCAAUUUUUACCGUUGAAACAACAUCCCCUGACAUAAAAAUAACAGAAAAUGGAUCCCUGAUUUGGUCCCCCACGUCUUCAAGUCCUGUGUUUGCUACGCUCAGAGCCAACAACUCAGUAGCUAUAACUGAACUAGAACUAACGCUGAUCCUUUGUAACUGCAGCAAUAAUGGAACUUGUAACUAUGAUAACCCUGUCUUGAAAAGUCAGAGGAACAACUCCAAGUUUAUGACAGCAACCUGCGGCUGCUUAGAUGCAUGGACAGGAGAAUUCUGCACAGACAAUUUAAAUGCUUGUUUUGAGAAUAGUUGUUAUAACACAUCAUCUUGUGUUGAUAAUCCUGCUCCUCUACAAGGCUAUAUAUGUUCACCAUGUCCCAAAGGCUUGAUUGGAGAUGGCAUAAAAUGUUUUGAUAUUGAUGAGUGUUUUGAAAACACAUCAGACUGUGAUCAGAUUUGCAUCAACUCAUUUACGGGUUACAAUUGUUCUUGUAAUGAAGGCUUCACAAUUAACUCACAGAAUGCAUCUCAGUGUAAAGACAUUGAUGAAUGUGUCAGUCUUCUAAAUCCGUGUGGCGAAGAUGCAGUCUGCACAAACAAGCCAGGAAACUAUUCCUGUUCCUGUAGAGAUGGCUAUAGGGGAGAUCCAUAUCUUCUAUGUACAGAUAUAAAUGAAUGUAUGAAUUCAUCAUUGAACGUCUGCUCGAACACAUCAGUCUGCUUUAAUACAAAUGGAUCUUAUCACUGUGAAUGCCUGUCUGGAUUUACAGGACCCAACUGUACAGAUAUUAUGCCUUCAACCACGAUAGCCAUUGCAACUACUGGAAUAAAUGCCACAACAGCACAGACAACAUCAGAACCAAUCAAUUCAUACACAACUUCAAGUUCAUCACCCUUAUUAAUAACUACAACAUUGGAAAUCAUGACAAGUACAAGUGCAUCCAAUUCAGAGAAUACUUCAGUAUUGCACACAAGUACUCCAGCAAAAUCUCCAGGAAACUUUUCUUCUAGUACAAGUUCUUUUGUAACAACCACCGUUACAGCAUCUUCUCAGGCUGAUCAUCCAAAGACUGAAGCUCCAAUUACUCCCACUAGCGUUCAAAGUUCAGGGGGGACUUCAGCACAUUCCUCAACAGUUGCCACUAUAGAGAUUAUCCCUUCAUCUAUGGUGCCCAUAGCAACUACUGAAACAACUGUCACAGCAGCACAAACAACAUCAGAACCAACCAAUUCAUUUACAACAUCAAGUUUAUCACCAUCAUCAAUAACUACAACAUUAGAAAUGAAGACAAAUACAAGUGCAUCUACUUCAGAGAACACUUCAGUAUUGCACACAAGUACUCCGGCAAAAACUCCAGGAAACUUUUCUUCUAGUACAAGUUCUUUUGUAACAACCACCGUUACAGCAUCUUCUCAGGCUGAUCAUCCAAAGACUGAAGCUCCAAUUACUCCCACUAGCGUUCAAAGUUCAGGGGGGACUUCAGCACUUUCCUCAACAGUUACCACUAUAGAGAUUAUCCCUUCAAACAAGGUGCCCAUGGCAACUACUGAAACAACUGUCACAGCAGCACAAACAACAUCAGAACCAACCAAUUCAUUUACAACAUCAAGUUUAUCACCAUCAUCAAUAACUACAACAUUAGAAAUGAAGACAAAUACAAGUGCAUCUACUUCAGAGAACACUUCAGUAUUGCACACAAGUACUCCGGCAAAAACUCCAGGAAACUUUUCUUCUAGUACAAGUUCUUUUGUAACAACCACCGUUACAGCAUCUUCUCAGGCUGAUCAUCCAAAGACUGAAGCUCCAAUUACUCCCACUAGCGUUCAAAGUUCAGGGGGGACUUCAGCACUUUCCUCAACAGUUGCCACUAUAGAGAUUAUCCCUUCACCCAUGGUGCCCAUAGCAACUACUGAAACAACUGUCACAGCAGCACAAACCAGCACAACCAAUUCAUUUACAACAUCAAGUUUAUCACCAUCAUCAAUAACUACAACAUUAAAAAUGAAGACAAAUACAAGUGCAUCUACUUCAGAGAACACUUCAGUAUUGCACACAAGUACUACAGCAAAAACUCCAGGAAACUUUACUUCUAGUAUAAGUUCUUUUGUAACAACCACCGUUACAGCAUCUUCUCAGGCUGAUCAUCCAAAGACUGAAGCUCCAAUUACUCCCACUAGCGUUCAAAGUUCAGGGGGGACUUCAGCACUUUCCUCAACAGUUGCCACUAUAGAGAUUAUCCUUUCAUCCAUUGUGCCCAUGGCAACUACUGAAACAACUGUCGCAGCAGCACAAACAACAUCAGAACCAACCAAUUCAAAUACAACAUCAAGUUUAUCACCAUCAUCAAUAACUACAACAUUAGAAAUGAAGACAAAUACAAGUGCAUCUACUUCAGAGAACACUUCAGUAUUGCACACAAGUACUCUGACCAACACAUCAGCACUGAAGAGCACAGUAAUGGAAAACUUCACUUCUCGUACAAGUUCUUCGGUAACAACCACCGUUACAGUAUCUUCUUCUCUUGUAACAACCACUGUUGCUCCAAUUACUUCCACAAGCAUUCACAGUUCAGGGGUAACUUUAGCACUUUCCUCAACAGUUGCCACUACAGGUGCUCUGCAAACAACUACGUCAUCUUCUACCUGCAUGAUUGUGUCCUGCCCCUCCGGAUUCUGUAGCAAUGGUGGAACUUGCAGCAUCAAUGUAACCACGUGUACUCCAUCCUGCAUGUGCCCUCCAAUGUUUACAGAUGAUAGAUGCAUUUUGGCUGGAAACAGUUUCGCACCUGAGCCCUCCAGAGAAAUCGUUAAGAGAACUGUCGAAAUUAACGUUUGGCUAAAAGGAGAAAAUGGUUCGGGGCUUUCUAUAUCAUCAGACAAAUAUACUCGUCUGCAACAGGAUGUGCAAUACACGGCAUCCCUUUAUUUAAAAGAACUGAUGGCUUUUGACAAUAUCAGCAGCGUUUCGUUUAGCAACACAGAUGGAAAAGCUCAGUCCCAUAUCACAUCCAAGUUCACAUACACCAACAACAGAACAAUAAUCACUUUCCUAAAUGACAAUCUGAUUGGGAGCAUUGUGGGUGAAUUCAAUAAGCACCUUACUGCCAGGAGGAAAAGGCAGAUCGGUGUUAUCAGUUUCGAGCAAAUCUACAGUGAAAACAUUACAAGCAUCACAAAACUGUCUGAUGAUGAGCUGAAGCAAUACUUCGUUUGCAACAAUACUGGAUUUUCAGGAUAUGUUUUAGAGUAUUCAACUGCUGGAUUUAUAUGUGUGUCUCCCUGUAAUCAGAAUUACUGUCAGAAUGGUGGAGUGUGUGAACACCAACAGAAUGGGCCAGUGUGCAGAUGUGGCACCUUCUCCAUUUAUUCUACAAACGGUGACCAUUGUGAAAAUCUAGCCAUAAACCUCAGUGCCUUUUUUGGUAUUCUGUUUGGAUCACUAGCAUUUUUGUUGGUUAUCAUAGCUGUUAUAAUCCUAAUUGUUUAUUGCUGUCGAAAGAAGAAACAAUUCGAAUGCAGCAAUGAUGUGAACUUUUACUGGGGAUUAAAGCAAAUCAACUCAUUUACUGACCUUAAAGAAACAAGACUAUCCGGUCAUCCAGAACUGAAAUAUUGGUCUGGCUUUGAUAAAGUCCCAAUCACACCCCAGAUAAAGAUUCAGAGGCCUUCACUGGAAAUGGAUCUUCGGCUUGCGAGAGAAUAAUAACAGAACCAAUUAGUUCUUAUAAAUAAUACAUAUUUAUACAUGUGCAACCAAACACAUGGAGUGAUGUGUCUUCACAGUGACUUUUGCCUCUAUUUUAAUACUGUUUAAUAAUGGCUAGCCAUCCUAAAAUUAUUUAUUGUUUAUUAAUAAAUGUAUAUGUUCUUUAUAUAAAGACUAUUAGGUCAGAAACAGUGUUAUAAUAGGUUGCUCCAUAACUAUUUUAGACUUCAUUUACGUCAGGGCAGUGAUCCCCAACCUGUGGCUCGAGAACAACAUGUUGCUCCCCAACCCUUUGGAUGUUGCUUCCAGUGGCCUCAAAGCAGAUGUUUAUUUUUAUAUUCCUGGCUUGGAAGCAAGUUUUGGUGGCAUAAAAAUCAGGUGUAAUGACAAACAGAGUCUCUUGUAGGAUGCCAGUCCACAUAGGGGCUACCAAAUAACCAACAGCAGCACUUUUUUGGCACUCCCUAUGACUUUUUCAUGCAGGUGUUACUCCCUUACUCGUUUUACAUUUGAAUGUGGCUCACAGGUAAAAAUGUUUGAGGACCUCUGUCUUAGAGUGUGAACAAUAUAAGCGAAUGUAUAAUUACAAUUAGUAGGAAGAGAAUGUUAUAAUGACAAAAGCUUUUGCACAAAGAAGUCAGUGCAGCAUUAAUAUUUGUAUGAACCUCUUUGUAGGUUGUAGAAGCAAUUUCUUCAUACAGAAACGGAGAUAUUGUUAAAACGGAGUCAGCAAAGACAUCUAAAAAACAAAAAGUGCCAAAAAGUCAUGUUGUGGCUCCCCCCCAAAAAACUGGCAGUAUUGAUUCUCCUUCUAGUAGAAACAGGCAUCAGAUUGUUUACAGUAAAAUGAAUAUACCUCAAUAGAAUGUAUUUGAGAAGAAAGACAGAAAAGUAUAAUAAUGCAUCCAACCAAAUAUAUCUAAUGAUGGCUUUCCUUUAAUGACUUAACCUGGAGUCAAACUCUGGAUGUCAGUACAUGAAUUGCACUUUUUCAUCUGACCUUUUAUAAUUUCCAAGAAUAAAGUAUUAUUUUUAAUUAAUAA